GCCACCGCCGCUGCCGCCGCCGCCGCCGCCGCCGCCGCCUGUGAGCUCCGGCGGGCAGCCGGACUGUCGGCUUCCCGGGGCAUCUGGGUCCGGCGGGGCACAGCCCUGGGCGCUGCCGAAGCCGCCGCCGCGGCGAGUGCAGGCGGCUUCCCCCGGAGCCUGUGCCGCUCCAGCUCCUCGGGGGUGGAGAAGUGGGGGGUGGGGUUGUUGUUUGGGGGAAAGAAGGGGGAGGGGGCAACGCCGAGAGAGUCAGUGGUUUCCAUGGUGAUGGAGCUGAAAGUGCAGGAAAUUUAAAGGCUUGGACGCUGCGAGACAGACAAACCGGUGCCAACGUGCGCGGACGCCGCCGCCGCCGCCGCCGCUGGAGUCCGCCGGGCAGAGCCGGCCGCGGAGCCCCGAGCAGGCGGAGGGAAGUGCCCCUAGGACCCGCUGGGCCAGCGGCGCUGCACAGAGCGGCAGGACGACGAGCAGAGAGAGGAGGAGGAGGGGAGAGCGGCUCGUCCACGCGCCCUGCGCCGCCGCCGGCCCGGGAAGGCAGCGAGGAGCCGGCGCCCCCCGCGCCCGCCGUCGCCCUGGAGUAAUUUCAGAUGCCCCGCCGCGGCCGCCUGCCCGCAUAGACCCGGGAGAGGAGUUGCGGCCAACUUGUGUGCCUUCUUUCCGCCCCGGUGGGAGCCGGCGCUGCGCGAAGGGCUCUCCCGGCGACUCAUGCUGCCGGCCCUGCGCCUGCCCAGCCUCGGGUGAGCCGCCUCCGGAGAGACGGGGGAGCGCGGCGGCGCCGCGGGCUCGGCGUGCUCUCCUCCGGGGACGCGGGACGAAGCAGCAGCCCCGGGCGCGCGCCGGAGGCAUGGAGCGCUGCCCCAGCCUGGGGGUCACCCUCUACGCCCUGGUGGUGGUCCUGGGGCUGCGGGCGGCACCGGCCGGCGGCCAGCACUAUCUCCACAUCCGCCCGGCUCCCAGCGACAACCUGCCCCUGGUGGACCUCAUCGAACACCCGGACCCUAUCUUUGACCCCAAAGAGAAGGAUCUGAACGAGACGCUGUUGCGCUCGCUGCUCGGGGGCCACUACGACCCGGGCUUCAUGGCCACCUCGCCCCCCGAGGACCGGCCCGGCGGGGGCGGGGGGGCGGCCGGGGGCGCCGAGGACCUGGCCGAGCUGGACCAGCUGCUGCGGCAGCGGCCGUCGGGGGCCAUGCCGAGCGAGAUCAAAGGGCUGGAGUUCUCCGAGGGCUUGGCCCCGGGCAAGAAGCAGCGCCUGAGCAAGAAGCUGCGGAGGAAGUUACAGAUGUGGCUGUGGUCGCAGACCUUCUGCCCGGUGUUGUACGCGUGGAACGACCUGGGCAGCCGCUUUUGGCCGCGCUACGUGAAGGUGGGCAGCUGCUUCAGUAAGCGCUCGUGCUCCGUGCCCGAGGGCAUGGUGUGCAAGCCGUCCAAGUCCGUGCACCUCACGGUGCUGCGGUGGCGCUGUCAGCGGCGCGGGGGCCAGCGCUGCGGCUGGAUUCCCAUCCAGUACCCCAUCAUUUCCGAGUGCAAGUGCUCGUGUUAGGACUCGGGGUCCCCUUCCCGCACCCGGACAACUGAUGAAACCCCACCGACGCCCUCCCCCCCCCGCCCCCCGCAUCGUCUCCAACCAGUCCACCACCCUCUCGAGAGGGGAUUCAAUGAACUUUUUUUUUUUUUUUUUCUGGCUACAGAGACCUAGCUUUCUGGUUCAUGUAAUGCACUGUUUAACUGUGUAGGAAUGUAUAUGUGUGUGUAUAUACGGUCCCAGUUUUAAUUUACUUAUUAAAAGGUCAGUAUUAUACGUUAAAAGUUACCGGCUUCUACUGUAUUUUUAAAAAAAAUAAGCAAAAGGAAAAAAAAGAACAGAGAAAAGAGAGACUUAUUCUGGUUGUUGCUAAUAAUGUUAACCUGCUAUUUAUAUUCCAGUGCCCUUCGCAUGGCGAAGCAGGGGGGAAAAGUUAUUUUUUCUUAAAGUACAAAGAGAGGGGAGAACUUUUGUAGAAGGACUUUUAAAAAGCUAUUUUCCAUUCUUCGGAAAGUGUUUUGGUUUUCCUUGGACCUCGAAGAAGCUAUAGAGUUCAAUGUUAUUUUACAGUUAUUGUAAAUAUAGAGAACAAAUGGAAUGACUAAUCAUUGUAAAUUAAGAGUAUCUGCUAUUUAUUCUUUAUAAUAUCCCGUGUAGUAAAUGAGAAAGAAAUGCAGAGCAGGAUUAAAGAAAACCACUAAAACCGA